ACCCACUAAAUAUUUUGUUCUCUUCUCUCUACCCUUAUAUAUCUCUUGCUUUUCUUUCUGGAAAAAAAAAAAAUAAGAGAGAGAAAAAUUACUAGAAAUUUAAUAUUGUGCUGCUAGCUAGCUAGCCCUGAUCGAUGUCAAGCAGCAACAAAGGCAAAGAUGUAGCAGAAGGAUCAUCAAGAUCAUCUUCUGCUUCUGUUGCUGGAGCUGGAGGUGGUAGCGGUAGCGGUAGCGGUGAUCUGCAUAAUCAUCAGCAACAACAGGCACCUCCACUUAGCCGCUAUGAGUCACAGAAGAGGCGCGACUGGAACACGUUUGGUCAGUACCUGAGGAACCAAAGGCCUCCAGUGGCACUUUCACAGUGCAACUCCAAUCAUGUGCUUGAUUUUCUGCGCUACUUAGAUCAGUUUGGAAAGACAAAGGUGCACUUACAAGGGUGUGUGUUUUUUGGUCAGCCUGAGCCUCCAGGGCCUUGCACUUGCCCACUCAGACAAGCAUGGGGUAGCCUUGAUGCACUCAUCGGUCGCCUUAGAGCUGCUUUCGAAGAAAAUGGUGGCUUGCCUGAGGCCAACCCAUUUGCAAGUGGUACUAUCCGAGUUUACUUGCGUGAUGUAAGGGACUCCCAAGCUAAGGCUCGUGGAAUUCCUUAUAAGAAGAAAAAGAAGAAGAGAAAUCCAAUAUUGAAGCCCAGCAACCAUGAUGAUAAUUCCAACUUUCCUAUGCAGUAGUCAUCUCUAUCUGGGUCGCUAAAUAAUUAAUUCCCAGGUCAUGAACUCUCCACCAUGUUUUGAAGCUCUACUGAACUGGAGAUUAUAACUUUAUUCAAGUCUUCCUUGGAUCAAGUCCUUUGAUGUUUUUAUAUAGCUCAAGCACUGUAUUUAUUGUUUGAAUGACAAUUAUAGCUAGCAAUGAAGUUGGUGAAGAAAAACUGAAUGAGCUGGGUAAGUUCCUAUCUUUUAUCCACGUUUUUUGUAGGUUAAUCGGUACAUUUUCAAUGUAGUAAACUUUAUACCAUGAACUAGCUAUCUCCCAAGUUUAUGUUUAUUGAUGCAUAUAUAUGCCAUCCUUUAAAUUAAGUUUUGCAUGAUUCUAGUAAAGACCACUAUGCUAAAGUUG